AGGGCGUAUGUUCCACGCUCGUAGAAGUACUACAUUAGAAUCCCUGUUGCAUUUAAUUUGAGUCCAAAAGUACGAUUUAAUGACAACUACAAUGUAUUUGUAGCUUUAAUUUUCCCUCCGACUCAAUGAAUAUAUUGUUUCUGAAGUGACUGCUACAACAGACAGGUAUUUUAGCGGAAAUAUUAUAUCUAUUCAGUGUAGUUCUACGUUGACACCGCUUCUACGUGCUCUUGCGUGGCUCUCGGGGAGGCGGACGCAAGAGCGACAUAAAUCUCGCAGUGAUGGCUGCUCCGCCAGAAACGGAGAGUUUGGAGUCACGUAUCAACAGAGCAACCAACCCUCUGAAUAGAGAUACAGACUGGAGCAGCAUCAACGCUUUCUGUGAACAGCUCAACAAUGAUUUGGAGGGACCUCAGCUGGCCACCAGGCUGUUAGCCCACAAGAUACAAUCUCCACAGGAGUGGGAGGCCAUGCAGGCUCUACUGGUUUUGGAGACCUGUAUGAAAAACUGCGGGAAAAGGUUCCACAAUGAAGUGGGCAAGUUCCGCUUUCUCAAUGAACUUAUCAAAGUAGUUUCUCCGAAGUACCUGGGUUCCCGGUCACCAGAGGCAGUGAAGAAGAAGGUCUUGGAGUUGAUCUACAGCUGGACUUUAGGUCUGCCUGAUGAGGCCAAGAUCUUGGAUGCCUAUCAGAUGCUAAAGAAGCAAGGUAUUCUCAAACAAGACCCCCAGUUGCCCCCUGAUUUACAACCUACUCCUCCUCCUCCCAGACCCAAAAAUGCUAUCUUUGAGGACGAAGAGAAGUCCAAAAUGUUGUCACGCCUGCUGAACAGCUCGCAUCCUGAGGACUUGAAAGCUGCCAACAAACUCAUCAAGGACAUGGUCCAAGAGGAUCAGAAGCGAGCAGAGAAGGUGUCCAAGCGGGUCAGCGCCAUUCAGGAGGUGAAUGAGAGCGUCAGCCUGCUGACCCAGCUCCUGCAGGAUUACGACAGCACCGCUACGAGUCAGAGCAACUUGGAGCUCAUACAGGACCUUUACCAGCGCUGUGAAAAAAUGAGACCCACACUGUUCAGACUGGCAAGUGAUACGGAAGAUAACGACGAAGCUCUCGCGGAGAUCCUGCAGGCCAACGACAGCCUGACUCAUGUCAUCAACCUGUACAAACAGCAGGUGAAGGGGGAGGUCGUCAACGGCAACAAUGCGUUAAACGCCCAGAAACAACCACCAGCAGGGGGGACAGCACUGCUGGAUCUGUCUGGCUUGGACACAUCACCCCAGUCGCCUCCCUCCUUCCCGGAAUUCCCGACUCCAACCGACAGCCUCAAUGCAACCUCACAGGAGACUGGCAUCUCUUUACUUGAUGAUGAGCUCAUGUCGCUCGGUCUAAGUGAAGGAACACACACCUCUAAUCCGACCUCACAGCCGGAAGACUCCACAGCCUGGGAUUCUUUCCAGUCAUCCGACAGCAUCGAUGCAGACAUCCCAGCAGCACCCAGUCUCCUCCUGAGUCCAGAAGCACCCUCCCAUCCCAUCUCCCCGGGCUCGGCCCCCAGAGGUUCGGCCCUUGAUGAGCUGGACUUGUUGGGAAAGACGCUCUUGCAGCAGUCCCUCCCUCCUGAGGGCCUGCAGGUUAAAUGGGACAAACAGCAGUCCAAACCAACUCUGCGAGAUUUACAGAGCAAGUUGGGGUCCAACAUUACCCCCAACCCCAUCCCAGCCUUUGUCUCAGACCAUCCCAGACUACUCCUCCACUCAGAACCCGGCCUUGGCCCCACGUUGCUGGACAUGACCCCCGCUCAUACGGAGACUCCGUCUGCCGAGGUCUCCCUGGCUGAUGUUUUUGUACCUCUGGAAUCCAUUAAGCCCAGUAGUCUGUUACCUGUCACGGUCUUUGACGGACACAAUCUACGCGUUCUCCUCCACGUUGCACGCGAUUCACCUCCAUCUCGCCCCGACGUGCUGGUGGUGAUCAUCUCCAUGCUGUCGUCCGCUCCCGUGCCCGUCACCAACAUCAACUUCCUAAUUUCGCCGCAGAAGUCAGUGGCGGUGAAGCUGCAGGCACCUUCGGGAACGGAACUUCCUGCGUUCAAUCCCAUUCUUCCUCCUGCUGCCGUCACACAGAUCAUGCUCCUGGCAAACCCAAACAAGGAGAAAGUUGAGCUGCAGUACAGAUUAAGCUUCACAAUAGGAGAGCAGGAGCACAGUGAGAAUGGAAGUCUCCAACAGUUUCCCGCCCCAGACACGUGGGGGCAUCUAUAGCGUUAAAACCACCCACAGAACUCUACCAUCCCCGGAUUAUUAAACGUGGUCUCCUCCUUUUUGCUUCUUGAUUGCUCUGUACCUGCUAGGAUUUCCUGCUUCCUGCUUCACGCUGUGUGCGUACACGCUUUUACUGACUUUGCUUUGCCCGGUCUCUGCUAUGUGGCUGCUUCUCUCCCCCCCCCCCCAAAGGUUCUUUUAAAGACCGUGCUACCAACGAAGAACUGACAACUACUGUAUGUGCAUAUCUGCUCACUUGGUGUGCUUCAAGUUCUCGGGGUCUUGAGCGCACGUCUCGAUUGUGUACAAUUUUACCUUCACCCUCUGCAUGCAAGUCAACACGCCAAAAGAAAACACACACAUGACCUGGUCAUAUAGUUUAUCAAACCAAAACUGCUGAAUCAUCUUUUUUUUUUGUCUUUCGUCAAUCUGGGAUUUUCCUUUUUUGUGUAACGGAGAGGAAAAAAAAAAAGUACUGUGACAUUGUGUAUUUUCUGCCAUAUGUGCCUCUUGUCAUUUCUUUUCCCAAUAACACGUUUGAAUUGUUGAUUUCUGUCAUUUCAUUCAUGAAAGCUGCUUCAUAUUAGCUUCAUUGUUACAUUCACGCCAUUUCUAAGUUGAAGUAUAAAAGAAUCUCAUGAACCGCAUUGAGUUUGUCAUCAUGCUGAGCACUCCAUCCUCACUUCCUUCUCUCGCUCUACUAACCCAUUCUUUGUAAAUACCAAUGUACAUUUGACUUGUGCAAGAGCAUAACGACCAUUAAAUAUGCAGAAGUGACAAUAAAGGUUUUUCU